AUGCCAUUCCCAGGCACUCGUGAGUGCGGAUCCACUUACAUGCUAAGCGUAUUUGUGCUUGCCUUCAGAUUUCAGCCCUACACAAAGCGAGGCUAUCUCCAUCAUUUGGAGGGAUCCAAUGCCCCCCGGGCUACCCUGCUCUCCCCCGUUUCAACUGGCGGGGAGGAAAAGCGUCAACUCGACCAACAUCGGUAA